CUCAGAAAGAACGUGCGAAAGUUCGAUGACCUCUGGAAGGAGUCGAUCUGACCUAUCAGAGCAUGGAACAUGAGGGAUGAUCGUCACGAGCACGUGCUAAUGACGUCAUCUCUGUGACAAAUCUCAGAAAAUUUCUCGCGCAGGGCGGGAGAAACACCUCAGCGCACUCUGAUCUGUUUCUACACUAACACGAUUUGAAGUGCAUUGGAGUAGCAACUGGUGUUCGGAAUGUCGCUUUGAGAUGCAAGGGUACGAGAAUUGUCUUCCAGCACUGGUUGCAUGCGAUGCAGUUGACUGUCUUCGUAGUCUUCGGACCGAUAAUCAGCUGUAACAGAUUUUCUUUCGCAGAUCGAUCGACGUUCCCGACAUGGAGGAACCUGAAUGCGACAUAGUCUGUGCUUAAUAUCUGUUUAAUAUUACGAGGAGAUGCUUGACCACAAGAGAACUCUGGAACAUAUUAGUGAGUGUGCCCUGCUGUUCUGGGUGGAGAACAAUGGAGGAGAGACGUCUCAGGGGGAGCAGAGGCUUAGGCUUAGGCUUGAUAUGCCUUUUCAUCUUCGGGCAGAUUGUUCGACGGUGUGUCGGUCGAAUCGACAAAUUGUCUGAGACAGUAGUGCAGAGUCGCAUAUUUCCUCAACGGAACGAGGGGUUCGCUUUGUGGAAACCCACAGCAGAGGAGACCCCGUGUAGCCUCGUGCUGUGCUGGAACCCCGGCAGGUACUUUCAUUGAACAUGUUGAGAGCCAAGUUCGAGGGAACCUUCCUGUCCUUUCUCGAAUUUCAUAUCUUGAAUCCAGUCCUCUGGCUUCUGACAACUUGAUCUUUGCUCUCUCUCGACCCUACGAGUAUUAUAACAGCGUGCAGAGAGUCUUAUGCCAGAAAAUUGUCACAAUUGACGUGGGAGGCUGAUCCUUUCUUCCCUGCGAGAAAGCGAAUGUGAAUUGGUCGUCGAAACGUUUGGCUAUCAAUAUCGGUGGGCAAGGGUUAUGAUUUCCAUGUCUAGAUCAUUCUGUAGCUACGAAUGGGAUGUCGUUUUCCAGCACUCACGUUUCAGCACAAUUGAAAUCAGCCUCAGAUGGGCAGCUCUUGCUGCGGUUUUCCAGUUGCCAAUAUUUCUCUCGCCACAGCAUGGGAUUGUCUUCUGGAUGGAAUGGGCUAUCCAUUCAAAUUCUUCCAUCCUCAGGAAUCGGAGCAAGUCGAAAAGAGAAAGGGAGGACGGGCAAGACGAAGGUAGGGAAGCUACGUGCUACACCUGUGAGCGGCUUUGACGUUAAGCGGAUUUGAACUGUGAAGUCUCUGCUUUUCGAGUCUGAAAUGCACUACAGAACUGUAUUUUACAUACGGCCACCAACAUUGGACUGCAACAGAAGUGGUCCAGAGGAUCAUAAAAGUCCUGUAAGACGCCAGAUUCAUGUACUUGACAGGACGGGUGGAGGGUGGAGGGUGUAAUCCUAGUCCCAGACCUCACGACAUGCGCGAGCCAAUCCCAGAGACCGGAGAAAACUAAGAAAUCCAUCUUGACUCUUGCCUUUAUUUUGAAGCAGUCCACAAGCUAGUGGAAAAUACAUCUUCUCACGAGAUGCAGUCCUAUGCUAUACUGUACAAGUGCACAUGGCAAUCUUGCUCCAACAUACUUUGUCCCUGUUCGAUGAAUCCGUUGAAGAGAUUCAUUAUUCUUCGAGAAUGAGGAAGUAAACUUUGAAUCUCGGGAUAUGAGUAAGUAGAAAAUUCGUCAAGGGUACUAGUCAGUAAAUUUCUGAAAAUCGAUUAUCCAAAUUGUAUACAAACAUCGACUGUACAGCACAUACUUCCUGAGUCCUCAGUAAGUAUGUGCACCCAUCUUGCCAGCUCUUAUAGUAGGCUACAGUCGAAGUUUCCUAAUUCCGUUUGUAUAAUUUUCGAGUGGUCCGAAUUGCCUUCACGAGAACUACAACCGCUCUAUGAGAGAGGUAAAGGAUGGUACUCCUGGAAGUAUUGGAAGUAUUUCGAAAUCAGCUCUUUAGUUGGAAUAUUGGAUCAAUAUAGAAAAUGCAGAAGAAACUCUUGUGAAUACAACUCGGAAUUUUGAGAGGGAGGGAGGGAGACACUGGGAUCAGAUCUUUGCACUCUAAGCUACUGAGACCAGACACGCGCGCAUUUCAAGGUACAUGCCUGCUCAGGAAGACCUCGGGAGGGGAGCUGAAACUUUCAUAGAUCCGCAAUGGAAGUCAAACGGCGAGGACCUAGGUGCCAAAGAGUCAUAAGUUCUCGUAACGUAGAUAAUAAAGACCACUACUGAAUAGUCUACAUGGACAGAACAUAUCUCAUAAGACAUGCAAGCAUAUAAUGCAGAUCGAGCGAACGCCGUUGUAAGCGAAAGGUGGAACUAUUUUAUCUUGAAUGGAUCAUUUUGAAGUUUCCUCUUGUGCAGCACCACCUUGCUGUUGAGUACUUGUUCUGAGACCAAUGAUCAUCACCU